AUGAGUCAACAAACAAGUAUUCCAAGUAUUAAUAAAGUGAAGAAUAAUAUCAAUCAAUUAGUUCGUAUAGUUUUAACUGAUAUAAAUAAUGCAAGAAGUGAUCAGUAUGUAUCAUCCAAUCAAGAAAUUUCUUUUUCAAUAAUAAUGAGUCCAAAUACUUUUUCACUCUACAAGAAAAUGACUGAUGGAACAGAUUUUGAACAAAGAUCAUGUUCAGAUCCUCCAACAUGUUCACAUAGAAGCAUUCUUGUUCAAGAAACACAUCGUCAUUUAGAAAUUAUUGAUAGUGUAUGGUGCGCUGAUCAAAUAUACUUUUGUCAUCUAAUAAAUCAAGAGAUUUUCAUCAACAGUCAUACUGGCAAAGUACUUCGAUUCAUUUUAACUGAUGUUAAUGUGAGAAGAAGUGACAGAAUUAUAGGUAUUUCAUCAGAUUGA